CUAACAAACAUAAAACCCUACACUGAAAAUCCCCCAAUUCAAUCGAAUCCCUCCGAACCUUAGUCGAGAAGCCUAUUCGAUACCUUAAUUCAAUCAAAUAUGCAGCAAGCCAAUCAAUCAGAUUCAGAAACCGAAGCUACGGGCUCCGAUAUGAUCCCACGGAGAAAAGGGAAUAUCGGUUCAGAGAAUAUGACAGAGUACGAGAAACAGAGAAUGAAAAGAAUUGAAGAGAACAAGGCGAGAAUGAGAGCAAUGGGUUUAGACAAAAUGGCGUCUUCGUUUAUGGGUUCGGUUCCUGUUUCUCGAAACGCGAACAAAAAGGGCAAACAGAAGGUGGGUUUGGAGGACGACGAGGAGUAUAAGCCACCUGUUGAGGAUGACGAAUUAAGCUCUGCAAGUGAAUCAGAUGGUGACGAUUACGAUGAUGAAUUGCACAUGUCUCGAACGAAGCCAAAGGUGAAAAAUUCAACACCUAGCAAGAAAAUUUCAAAGCUUUCAGAAAACUCGGAUUUUGUUGGUGAUGAUGAUGAUGACGCCUUGAUGAAGGCCAUUGCUCUUUCUCUACAAGAUUCACCAGGUUUUUUGGAUGUAACGAGCAAAACGCCUCCUCAAAAAUCUGAUUCAAAGGUAUCACAUGUUGAAAAAAAGCAGAUUGUACGUAAAGAUGAUUCUGGAAAUCGGAAGAGGAAAAACUGGUUUGCAAGUCGAGUUCAAAUGACAGAGGAUGAAUUGAUACUACACUUCUUUCAGUUUGAUGAAGUAGGCAAAGGGGGGAUAGGUGUUAGGGAUUUGAGAAGAGUAGCAGCUUCACAUGAUUUUACAUGGACAGAUGAAGAGAUGGGGGAUAUGAUUCAAUUCUUUGAUAGCAAUGGAGAUGGAAAGCUAAGCCUUGAGGAUUUCACUAAGAUUGUUGAGCGAUGUCACAUGAGACAAGGUCUGAAAAUACACAAUUGGCAUCAUGAGAAAAUAAGGGCAGAUAUCUCACUCGAAGUCGAAGAACACCCAUUUCCUUUUCCCCCAAACGCCAUGCGAAGGAAGCUUGAUUCCAGGUGGUUGGGUGGAUUCAGUCUAGGAAUUGAUCUUGGGUUGUCUCGUACCGGUCUUGCCAUAAGCAAAGGAUUCUCAGUUCGCCCCCUCAAGGUUCUGGAAUUAAGGGGCCAAAAGCUUGAGAAGGGUCUGCUUGAAAUUGCUCAAGAACAGGAGGUAGAUGAGUUUAUUAUUGGGUUGCCCGUUUCAUCAGAUGGAAAAGAGACGCCACAAUCUAAUAAAGUUCGUAGCGUUGCAGGUAGGAUAGCCAUUUGGGCUGCAGAGAGGGGUUGGAGAGUAUACUUACAAGACGAACAUGGCACAUCUACAGAUGCAAUGAACCGGAUGAUUAACCUGGGCCUCAACAAAUCGGAUCGCAAACAAAGUCUUGAUGCUUAUGCAGCCAUGAUGGUGUUGGAGAGGUAUUUCUCGGAAUCAGGGGAGAGGGUAGAGUUGGUUUUGCCAAAGCAAUUGGAGCUCCAAGAGAAGCUUCGAAAAGGUCCACAAUCAGAAUCAGAUGAUGACGUGGACUUCUUCUAAGAUGACAUAACCAUUCUUCACUUCUACAAUGAAAAUAUGAAAUGGACCAAAACCCAUGAUUCCUUGUUGGGGUGCACAUUGUGUUUUACAAUGGAAUUUGACCCAAGUUCAAAUUUCACAGGCUUCAGUCUCAAUCCCAACGUUGAGUUGUACAUUGUGCUUUGGGAAUUUUCAGAGGCAUAGGCUGAAAGAAUGUAUGCUUGGCCUUGAAUGGUGUAUUAGGUGGAACAAAUAUGAAAAUUUGUUACUAUUUUAGUGAAAUGAUGUUUUUUUUUUUAAUUUUAGAAACGAUGAAUCAACGUUAUUGAUUCCACAUUGGAAUAUAUUUUUAUUGAAGUUCUACAUCCCUUUUA